AUGUCGAAAGUACAAAAACAACGUGUGCAAACAUUUGGCCGAAAGAAAACAGCUACAGCCGUUGCUGUCUGUCAACAAGGUCACGGUUCAAUCCGUGUCAAUGGUCGACCACUACAUCUUGUCGAACCACAAGCACUUCGUUUCAAACUUGAAGAACCAAUUCAUCUUCUUGGUCGCGAUAAAUUUGCAAAUGUUGAUGUUCGUAUCCGAGUAAAAGGGGGUGGUCGCAUUGCACAAAUUUAUGCUAUACGACAAGCAUUAGCGAAAUCACUUGUUGCUUAUACUCAAAAAUUUGUUGAUGAAGCAACAAAAAAACAAUUUCGAGAUAUACUCGUACAAUAUGAUCGUUCAUUGCUUGUUUCUGAUCCACGACGAUGUGAACCGAAGAAAUUUGGUGGUCCAGAUGUCUAUUUGAAAACGUUUUGUCCAUUAACAUUUUGUUUACGACAUCUUGUUGAACAUCAAAUUGACAUUGAUAAUGAACAUAAAUCUUUAGUAUCUACUAUUGAAGAUUGUAGAACACGUUUGAAAGCAGUUCAAUUUGAAGAUAAUCGUUGUGAUUUAUUUCAGCAAUUAAAUCAAUGGCAAAAAAGAAUGAUUGAAAAUGUUACAACAAUGAAAAAAGAUAUCUAUUCAGCUUAUGAACAUUAUGAAUUGGAAUUCAAAAGAAUGAAAGAAAAUUUUCUAAAUAAUGAUAUCAACGAAGAAGUAAACUUACAGGAGGUUUUCAAAAAUUUUAAACAAUCAUUAAAAUUACUCGAAUCCUCGCAUCUCGAAUUAAAUAUUUCAAAACUAAAUUCAACUUUUCAUCUUAUUAAACCCAAUUUUAAUUUAUUAAAUUUUAAUUCUCAAAUUAAUACAUCACCUGAUUUAGAUAAAUUUUUAUCAUCAUCUAAAACAGUUUUUACUAUUGAUUACGAUCCAAUGGAUACAACACUUUUUACUACUUCUUUACAGUAUCUAAUUAUUUAUAAAUCAUCCCGUUCAAUAUUUCAAUUAUUUGAUAAUACAGGUCAACACGUAGCAGACAUCAACUAUGAUCAUAUCACUUAUGGUGAUCUUAAUCAAUUGACAUGGUCAUCGUAUGCGAAUGGUUUUCUUCUUGCUACUUCGAAACAAUUACUCAAACUUAAUUGCACAACAAAACGUAUUACCCGUUAUGUAGAUAUUGGUUUUGGUUUUUUCAAAGACAUAUGCGCUAGUGGUGAAUCGAUUGUUCUUGUUCAUAAUCUUGGUACAUCAUUAGGUGAUGUUAUUGAACAUUAUUCAAAUAGUAAAGUGUUACAACGUUGCUGGAAAUCUGAUUUAUAUCCAGACGAAUCUCAUAUGAAAGAAGCCAUGGAGAUAUUUCGUAUUCAAAUAAGUGAUCAUCUUGUCGCUAUUGAUACUUUAUUUACAGAUAAGAUUCUUGUUUGUGAUAUUUUACGUGCGAUGAAAUGUCUCUUUCGAAUAGAUACAAAACAAUAUAGUAUACUAUCGAUAUCACCCGUCUAUGAUUCUCAACAAUGGUGUCUGAUUGUAGCCGAUCAACCAGAUGUAGAUCUACAACGACGAAUGUUUGUUAUCAAUGCUCAAGAAAAUGAUGAUCAACGACGAAUGCGAGAAUUAAAAUGUGAUGGAUUUUUACCAAAAAAUAUUUGCUUUUUUGGAUUGAACCAUUUUAUGAUAACGCGCACAGAAAAUAAAAGCGACGAAGAAAACUUUUUAUUUGAAUGUCGAAAAAUGAAUACCGUUUCUUAG